AAGCCCCGUCAAUCAUGAGAGAUUUUUACAUCUGAAUAUGGAAACAGGUCUCGUGAGCCCGUAGAAAUAGAAGACUUGAUUGAUAUAUCCAGGAACGUAUCUUCAGAUCUGGUCCAACUUCUUAUUGAGUCCCGUUCCGCUGGGUUACGCCACGAUGACGCCAUAGAAAAAGGAACGAAUAAAUAAGCUCGAAAAUAAUUCUUUUCUUUUUGGCAUGGAAACCUGGAUUCAACUUCGACUGAUUCGUUAACUGUAACCCGAGGACUCAUCAUGGUAGAUGGGGAUGUCGACGUGCCGUUGGUGGGCGCCUUACAAGCCUGCGUCUCCGUCCUGCUGACCAUGAGCUACGGAAUUGCAGCGCAAAGGUUUCGAUUGAUUCAAGAGUCCUCGAUCAAUGAUAUGGCUGGACUGGGAGUCAAGCUGUUUCUCCCAGCUUUGAUCAUUAUCAAUCUAGGCGAACAGCUGCAACUUGGAAAUGCGUUGAACUACAUCCCCGUUCUCAUUUGGUCCAUUCUCUACACGUGUGCCUCGAUCGGCCUGGCAUAUUUCGUCUCUAAGGGCUUGAGGCUCCCGCGCUGGGUGACGCCUGCCUGCGCAUUCAACAACACGACCUCGCUGCCGCUUCUCUUGUUGCAAUCGCUGGAAAGCGUGGGGAGUCUAAAACCGAUUAUUAAAGACGGUGAUACCGAGUCCGAAGCCAUCUCUCGUGCCCAAAGCUACUUUCUUCUCUGCGCUGUAGUGAGUAAAACGAUCGGUUACGCCGUGGGUCCCAAGCUACUUCAGGACGGCCACGAGUCAUCCACCGAUCCAGAGAAUCAAGAAGCAGACGACACCAAUCCUGAAACACAAAAUGACACCACUAACCACGGUCAUGUCGAUGAGGCGACAUCCCUCCUACCACAGCGAGCACAAAAAGCCCGCCGCAACAUUGCAAACAGCAUCCGGCACGGAACCCAGCGCAUUUCAUCUAUGCUACCUAAGCGCAUCCGACAGAGGCUUAUGGCCCCGUUCGAGUCCCCGUUCGCCGAUGUGGCGAUCGCAUGCACCGUGAUCGGUGUGGUUUUGGGUCUUGUGCCGCAGUUGCAUCAAGCAUUCUUCAACAAAUACGAGGACGGCGGGAUUUUCAACGCUUGGCUGACGUCGAGUGUGAAGAACAUUGGCAAGUUGUUCACGACGUUGCAGAUCUUUGUGGUGGGGUGUAAGCUGGGCGUUAGCUUUGAGAAGAUGAAAACUAGCGGUGAUUCGGGGCGAAUGCCUCUGAAGGCGAUUGGGACGAUCUUUCUCGUUCGGUUGGUGAUAUGGCCCGCACUUAGCAUAGCCGUUGUGUAUGGCUUGGCUACGAAGACCAAUCUUGUGUUGACUGAUCCUAUCCUAUGGUUUAGUUUGAUGCUCAUGCCGGCUGGACCCCCAGCGUUGGUCAUAUCCGGACUGGCCGAGUUGGCUCAGAUUUCAGAGCUGGAGAAGAUGGCGAUUGCCAAAUCGUUGAGUGUGAUGUACGUGUUAUCGCCAUUUGUAUGCUUCAGCAUCACGGGUGCUCUGAAAGCGUCUCAAGCGGCACUGGAGCAGAGGAACUCCGCAUGAAUACGGUGCUUUGGGAUUGUGUAUAAAGUCUAGAAUUUAUGUGUGUAUAUAUACGAGAUAUAAACAAUCUUAUAGACCGUUGAAAGAGAAUGUGUAUUAAGUAGUAUUCCAUACAAGGUCCAAAUUGACGCUUAGACGGUACUCCAAUUCAUUUGCAUCCCCUUCAUUCAAUAUCAUACGCUUGAACCGGAUUCAUCACACGUAGUCCAGUACGGACGAAUGGGUUUACUUCUUUGCAAA